GUUCAAUCAUAAUUACUAAACGAUCAUGGAAUUUUUUUCUUAAUCUCUUAAAAUCCGAUCGUUUUCAAUGUUUAAAUGCUCAAUGGGCUAAUAAUUUAUAUAAUCUAUUCGAAUCGAAACAUAAUAUUCAAUAUAAUAAAUCUCUAGAAUAUUGUCAUCAAUUACAAUUUACAAUAACAACUAAUAUAACUUCAUCUAUUUUUCCUACAUUACAUCAACCAUAUUAUGAAUUAACUCAAUUGAUUAAUCAAUGUGUAAACAAUAAUAAUAAUAAUAAUAAUAUUGAACAACGUUGGUUACCUUUAAUUAAUUGGAUAGAAUCAAAAUUAAAUAUUAAUCCAUCAAUACUUAAUAUUAUUGAAAUAAAAGUAAUGUUAUUAUUAAAUAUUUAUUAUAAUUAUUAUUGUAAUGGUCAAUUAAAAUCUCUUGAUCAUUUAUUAAUCAUCAUUGAAAAUACAAUAUUUCAAUUAUCAGACGAAGAACGACGAGUAUUUCGUAUUCUUUUAAAACCUGAACAAUAUAUUAUUGGAUAUAUAAAAGAAAAUAAUCAUAUAGAUAAAAAUUAUCUUAAUAAUUUAUUUAAAGUUGAUUGUCAAGAUGAUGAUGAAUUACCUAUACGUCAUAUACUUGUUAAUCUUUUAGCAAUGAUUUUACUUAGUGGAAAAGAAAAUCCAUUUUGGACAUUUCUAUUUCAACCAUUGAAGUUGGAAGAAACUUUUGGUUUUGGAUCAACUGCAAAUUCACCUAUUCGGAGAACUGGUGUUCAUUACGAUUGUGGAUGUAUAAUAUCUGAAACAGGAGCAUUAAUACCAUUUUCUACGGGAAGUAUACUCAGUGUUCCAUCUGUUUAUAUUGUUUAUUUUGCUACUUUCGGUGCUAUGGCUUGGCAUUUAUUAUUAUUUGAAUCAUCUGUACAAAAUCUUUAUAAUCGUAUUCUUGCUAAAAAUGCAAUUGAUUCUAAAGCAGUAACAGAAUGUAUGGGUGGUGAUAGUAUUCGAACAAAAGUAUGUCAUUUUAUUCGUGCACGAUUAUUAUCAACAUAUCAUUUUCUUUCAAUUCAAUUCAAUCAAAAUGAUGCUUGUCUUUUAUUGAAUCGUUGUUUUGAAUUAUUUACUAAAUUUAGUCAUCAAGAAAAUCAAAAUUCAUGGAUUAAACCGAUUUACAAAACAAUCAAUGAGAAAUAUGAAGCUGAACAAGAAUUUCAAAAUAAAAUUUUCUAUUUAACACAUCAAAAAUUAAUCGAUUAUAAAAAACUAAUUAAUCUAAUACAAACACAAUCUCCAUUACAAACUAAAUUACAAGAAUAUAUAAUUCAAAUGCCUAUUAUAAUUGAUUUCAUUCAUUUUAAAACUGAAUUAUAUAAUCCAGAAUUGAAUCAAUUACCUUUGACAAUUUUAAGACAUUUACUUGAUUCAUUUGAUUUUUUAAAAAUAACUCGAUAUAUCUAUGCUUUAAGUCAAUUUCAUAUUCUUUUACAUCGAACAUUUACUCAAUUAAUUGAACGAGAAGAAUUUCUUACAAUUACAUUGAAACAAUUAUAUGAACGAGUUCAUCAAAGUUCAAAUCAUUUUUAUGAAAUAAAUCAAAAAAAUAAAUAUUAUACAAUUAUUCAAAAUGGAAUUGAAGCUAUUAAUGCUUAUCAUAAAUUUACUAAUGGACAAAUUCGACCAGGUGCCUGUGAUACUACUCAACUUUUUCAAACAAUUUCUAUGGAAACACCAAUAAACUAUCUCGUUGAAACAGAUAAUUAUGAUGAAGGAGAUAUCAUUAUGCGUAUAUUGAGUGUUCUUGUCGAUUAUCACAAUAAUCUUCUCGAAUUACUUGAGAUAGAAAUAAAAAAUCAUGGUGAUAUUCUUGAUUUAGGUCCAUUGAAAGAUAUCAUUUUUGAAUUAUCAAAAAGAGAAAUAUCAAUUUUACAGAUUGUUCAAGAAAAUAUGGGUAUAAUUACAUUAAAUAAAAUGGAUUAUCAAUGGAUUGAACAAUUAUCUCGAGCUAGUCUUGAAAAUGAAAAUAAUUAUUUUAUUACAAUUGAUACAACAUUAAAAUUUAAUUUUCUUUAUGUUCAAUCAUAUCUUAUUCGAACAUAUCUUCUCUAUUGUCGUAUUAAUUAUCAACAUAUCAAAGGAAAAUAUCAAUGUUAUACUCGAAAAAAAAUUUCGAUUAUUACAAAUAAUAUUGAUAUGAAUUUUAAUAUACUAUUAAUUGAUGAAUGGAAUCAUUUAGAACAAAAGAAUCUAAUUGAACUUCAAAAUGAAUCUAAUCUUCUUCAACAAAUUAUGGAUAUAUUAAAAGAUUCUUCUGAAAAUUAUUCAUCAAUGAAACUUUCAGAAUUUAUUCGAAAUACUAAUUAUGAUCAUCGAUUUAUUCAACAAUUUCAACAAUAUCAAAUUAAAGAUUUUCCUUUAUCACAGAUUAAAGAUAUUUGUCAAUUAUAUGAACAAUCGAUUAAUCAUUUUCAACAUAGAUUUAUCAAUGUAUCUCAUUUAAUUCGUGUACCUUUAGAUAAAAAACUCAAUGAUGAACUUGAUCAUAUAUUAAAAUCUUCAUUUAUUCCUUUUCAAGAUCAGACUAAGAAAGAAGAAUUUCAAGAUAAAAUACAAAUAAUAACAGAAUUUUUAAAUGAUUUAAAAGAUGCAGAAGAUCUUCUUGCUAGUCAAUGGUCCCAAUCAUUUGUAGAAACAUGUGAAUAUUUACGCAUUGAAAAUCCAAUUAUAAAAUUAAUACCUAAAGAAAUUAAAUGUGAAAAUUAUGUUGCAUUAUGCCUAAAAUUCAUUGAAAUACGAUCUCAAUUACAAGAACAAACAAUCAAUAUUGAAGAAA